AGGCAACAACUGAAACGGAGGACGAGGGAAGAGCAGGACAGGGCUCCCGAAAAUGGUGGGAAGGGAGCCGAGGAGGAGAACAGAGGGCUGGGACGGAAAAGGGCGGAGGAGGGCAGGUGGUGGGCGAAGCCCCGCAGCACAGCGCCUCCGACACCGCCUCACCGCUGCCCGCCGCCGCCCGCCGCCGGGCUCAGCACCCGCUCUUGUGAGCCAUCCUAAAAGCCACACAGAAGCUGAGCUACAGCCCGCAAAGGAGGCCCUGCUGUUGUUGGGUGGCAUUGCUCUCUCCUGCCUUGCUUUGGAUCUCCUCUUCCUCCUGUUCUACUCUUUCUGGCUGUGUUGCCGCCAACGCAAAAGUGAAGAGCAUCUGAAUGCAGACUGCUGCUGUACAGCCUGGUGUGUCAUCAUUGCAACGCUAGUCUGCAGUGCUGGCAUCGCCGUUGGCUUCUACGGAAACGGGGAGACCAGCGAUGGCAUUCACCGGCUGACCUACUCCCUGCGGCACGCCAACCGCACGGUUGCGGGGGUCCAGGACCGGGUGCUCGACACUGCAUUUGCUCUGAACCAGACAGCAGAGCCCAACCUGGUGGUCCUUGCAGAGAUGUUCUCCAAGCAGACGGAUUACCUGCAUGUCGUCCAAAAGCUCCAGGGACUCUUGGAUGAGCUGGUGAGGCAGACAACCGAGAUUCCUUUCUGGAAGAAUGAAGAGGUGUCUCUGGAGGAGCUAGCCCUUCGUAUAGACCUGUAUGACUGGUACAGGUGGCUGGGAUACCUGGGCCUCCUCCUGUUCCAUGUCCUGAUCUGUUUGCUGGUUCUGUUUGGACUUAUCAGAAACUCAAAGGCCAUUCUUAUGGGGGUGUGCCUUCUAGGGGUGCUUGCCCUCAUUGUGAGCUGGGGGUCCCUUGGUCUCGAGCUGGCUGUUGCGGUGGGUUCCAGUGACUUCUGUGUUAAUCCCGAUGUCUACAUCUCCAGAGUGGUGGAGGAUAACGCAGUGCUCACUACUGAUACUCUGAACUAUUAUCUUGUCUGCAGCACCGGCUACCCAAAUCCCUUCCAGCAGAAGCUGUCGGGAAGCCACAAGGCCCUGGUGGAAAUGCAGGACGAUGUCUUGGAGCUCAUGAAGUCAGCCAUUAAAGAAUACCCCACUUCCAAGGAGUACCUGAGUCGAAUCCAGGAAGUUCUGAACUCCACAGAGAUCAACCUGCAGCACCUGACCGCCCUGGUGGACUGUCGGAGUCUGCAUCUGGAUUACAUCCAAGCUCUGACUGGCUUCUGCUAUGAUGGCGUGGAAGGGCUCAUCUACCUGGUCCUCUUCUCCUUUGUCACGGCCCUGAUGUUCAGCUCCAUCGUGUGCAGCGUCCCCCACACUUGGCAGCAGAAGAGGAGCUCAGAUGACGAUGGAGAGGAGGAGUCGACUGCUCAAGGCAACAGGCAGACGCACGACAACUUGUACAGGGUUCACAUGCCCAGCCUUUACAGUUGCGGGAGCAGCUACGGCAGCGAGACCAGCAUCCCUGCAGCGGCGCACACGGUCAGCAACGCUCCCGUCACAGAGUACAUGAGCCAAAAUGCAAAUUUCCAGAACCCCCGCUGUGAGAACACUCCUCUGAUUGGCCGGGAGUCCCCACCUCCUUCUUUGUAUUUGGCUGCCAUGGACAGUAGCAGCCAUAUGAGCUGGCAGUUUAAGCCCUCGGACAGUGCUCGGACGUACUGGUAACAGCGCCCGCAAAACCAAACAGUAUACCUCCAGCAUGAGAGCCAAAUACCUCGCCACCAACCAGCCUCGGCCGGACUCUGGCAGUGUGCAUUAAGAAACUGGGGCGCGUGGACGUCAAAACGGUGAACAGAACGUGCCAACUGCUGCCAUGCUGUGCUGCCCCCUACAGAAGGACCCUGCUUAUUUCUUCCCGUCCCGAAUCCAGCUCAGUUUCUUUCCCAGCUUCUCUGCUCCUCUGGCCUGGUGCACAUUUACUUGGAGGAGACCUGGGUGGACGCUCGCUACAGGUCAAGGCUCCUUGCACCUCUUUGUGUGUGUCUCUGUGUGUGUGUGUCUGUGUGUGUGUGGUGGGUGGAAGCGUGAUGAAUCCACAUGCAUGCGCACAUGCGCAGGAGACGCCCCAGCUCAUCCGUACGGCCCCUUCCGUGUGCGGCUACCUUUUCCCAACAGCCAGCCAGCCAGCAAUUUGCAGCUUGCCACCGCCUCCUCCCCACCCACCCUGGCCCACGUCUGACCCAUAGAGGGUGAAAAUUGGUCUCGUGAGCGUGUCCCAGUGAAUGUUCUCCUUGGCGGAACUGUUCUGCAGAGCACCUACUCGUACAAAAAAGCCGCCCGUAAUGCGCACACAGCCGUCGAUCUCGUCACGCGCACCCAGCUCUUCCGACGCGUCUCCUUCUCUUUGCCCUGCUCUGGAGAAUCCUCCUUUCCUUCUAGGAGCAACAGAUUCCCGCCACGGAUGCCGACCUGGGGCUCCACGUCUCCCCUCGCCUCUCAAGCAAGAUUCGGCUGAUUCAGUACCUCCCCUUCGGUUCGGAUCGGAUCCUUCCAGCUCGCGUUUGCUUCCUCCCUGGCCAUCUUGGGGAAAAGGCGGGGGCUUCCUGCACCAGCUGCCCUGUAUGGCCCUCCCCUCUUUCAUGCACACAGGCCGGUUGUGCUGAAGUGGCCCGUUCCAAUUUGCUGCUGCAGUUCCCAACAGCAACAGGCUUAAUCGAUCCCGCCCCCCGCCUUUUGAGCUUGGCGUGGAGAUGCUCAGCGGGAGCCAGCAACCCCUUCUGGUGCCAAAAUAUCCCAGGAAAUCAUUUAAGGAGCACGGGGGUGGGGGAGGGUAUUUAUAUUUUUUGGCAGGGGGUACUGAAGAGAUCACCUAGUCUCUGCCCUGGCGUGAGUCGGCAGGCAGCCACGAACGCAGCACCAGUGGGGUUGCUUGUCCUCCCUGUGGCCACCGGAGACCGCCUAACCCUUCUGAGUGUUGGGACGUGCACUCAGACGGGCCCCCGGAGCUUUUGGCUCUAGUCGUGCGUCUCUGGCCGCUCCGCAGGAAACCUGAGGACCUGCGCCCCUCCUGGGUCCCAGCACCAGAAAGCAGAGCAGAGGUGAACUCCUGUGAAUGUCUUCACGGCUGUUGGUGGCGUUCUCUUCUGUCCGUCCUGCUCACCCUGGCCUUUGCCAGUGGCAUCUUAAUAUGUGGCGUGUGGGCAGCGUUGACGAGCGGGCAGUUCUGGGGAGAGCAGUUACCCCCUCGCCGAUGGCAGCCCUACAAUUCCGGCACUGAAGGGCCACCUACAGGCCGGGGAAACCAGUUUCCACUUUGAGCAUCUGGGCUUUCCUCCCGGCCCCGCUAACCUACAACAGGGCUCGUCAGGGGAAGCGCAUCUCCCAAAACGUCAGCCGAGAGACAGGAUCAUUAGCCUUACCGUGAAGUCUCUGUGGCUCGAAUGUUCAGCUUCUCCUUUUAAUUUCCGUAGGAGGCAUUGGCUGGCCUGGACCACGGACUCUGCCCUCCCCCCCCCCCCAAGACAGUAUUGCUGAACUCCCUGAAACUCACCACCCAUGUAGCCAUUUUUCUCUAGCUCUUUGCCGAAAGGUAAACUGCUGUGAUGCCUUUUUGUUACACGUUUUGCACAUUUCCCGGAGGUCUUGUGAGUCUUCCCUUUAGAAAUAAGUUGUUUGUUCCAAGAGGCACAGCAGUGACCUUUUCUCUUUAUUUUCUCUUUCUUUCUUUCUUUCUUUCUUUCUUUCUUUCUUUCUUUCUUUCUUUCUUUCUUUCUUUCUUUCUCUCUCUCUCUCUCUUUCUCUCUCUCUCUUUCUUUCUUUCUUUCUCUCUCUCUUUCUCUCUCUCUUUCUUUCUUUCUUUCUCUCUCUCUCUCUUUCUCUCUCUCUCUUUCUUUCUUUCUUUCUUUCUUUCUUUCUUUCUUUCUUUCUUUCUUUCUUUCUUUUUCUCUUUCUCUCUCUCGCUCUCUUUUUCUUUCUUUCUUUCUGGGUGCCGUUUGUGGCAGUUUGUGGAGAAAAGGAAGCCUUUGCUUUUAAAGGCCUGGAAAGUCCAGUUGCUCUGCAUGCCUAUCAACAGCAGAGCAAGUGUUUAAAUGUGCCUCUGAAUCUAGACUGAAAAUUUGGCAUCCAGUUACCUUCGGGAAGAUGACUAAGAAGUCAAAAGCAAUCACAUUUUUGAUUGUAUUUAUGUAUGUAUGUACGUAUGUAUGUAAGUGCAUGCAUACAACAAAAUACACAAAAAUACAUGUGUGUGUACAAAUACACACACACACACACAUACACAUUCACUCACACCUCUAUUGAGAGAGACCUAUUUCCCCAUCCGUCUGACUCCAAAAAUGGUCCAUCCCCUUGCCUUUUAAGGUCCAUUGCACACACGACACAGUCGCAAACCAGGGAUUGCCAUUCAAUGUACUGUCAAAAAAGGAACCACAACUCUGAUGGCAUCCUGCUCCCUCUGUGUGAGGGACACGUUUUCAAGACAACUGUCCUUGUCUGACUUUUUUUAGAUAUGCACUUAAAGCGAAACAACUUAGGUGUACUCCUAAAAGGACCCCAAAGGUGCUAAAAAGGCCCUCAGGAUACUGAGGAAGCAGCCUUUAAAACAAAAAACUUAGCGAAGGCAUAGUGUUUUGUUUUUUUAAAGAAAAAGUCUUAAGAAAGGAAAAGGUUCAACUGAGGUUUCCCUCCCCACAUUAAUCUUAGGAGAAGAAAGUGGUAAGGCUGGGGAUUAUGGGAAUUGAAGUCCAGCAACGUCUGGGCACCCACGCUUGAGAACGCCUCCACUGAGGUACAAAAAUCAGUCAGCACUGUACACACCAAUGCUAAAGGAGGACCAAAAAUUACAUUACAGGAACCACUACGUGAAUUCCGUUCCCACGCUUCCAUCCUUCCAAGGUUACGACCACUUGUGCCACAAAGAGGCAGUUCCAACAGAGGGCGCUGGAGGACCCCAAAUUCCAGAUGGGAGACCAGCAUUGUGUCUUUGAGUGGAUUCCCAGGAGGAGGCCGUACGGAAGAGAGAACUGGUGUAAUAUGCGCAAGCUCAGUGGCCUCUUGUCUACUGGACAGAUUCCGCCUGGUACUCCUAGACUUGAAAAAAUGACUUCAGUUCUGUAGAAAGUCGCCACACCCAGCUGUCUCGAUUGCAUGUGCUACGGGGCCUUGGUGUAUUUUAAUUCACAUGGGCAAGACUCCACUUCGUUUCUAAUGAGAUUUUUAAAUAUAUAUAUAUAUACACACACAUGGAUUCCUGGGUGACAUCAACAGCACGUGGGGAAUCUCCUGGGACUGGUCUGAAAAUAGACCCACUUCAGAGCAAGUGGCUGGUGUGGUCAUUUACGCAUGGGCACAUAGAAAUGUGCAUGCCCACAGCCGUGACCUGCCAGUGAGGGGACAGCGUGCACCCGAAAUGGAUGUGCUGGCAGCAUGUCUGUGCAAUGGGCUUCUCAGGAGUUGUAUUUUUGUGGGGGGGCCCCCCUCCCCAGCACCAGCGUCUAACUGGAUUUAUCCCAAGGGACUGACCGGCAGGGUUUAUUUUAGCUGGCUGUGGUGCCUAUCGGAGCUAUGAAGCAUUUUCAGUACAGCAAGUAAGCCUGCAAAAGACUUUAUUCCGCCCCCCCCCCCUUUCCUGAUUUGUAUGAGUUUUUAAGUAACGUUAUGAAAUCUCAACGCCACAACUACUCGGGAUGUGUCCCAGCUGACUUCCUCAGCAACUCACAGGCGCUUUCAAAAAAAUACUUCACCGUCGCAUUGAUUUUGCAUACCAUUUCAGAAGUCCUGGGGAAAACGAGAAACAGAUCUCUAGUGCUGCCUACGCAGAAUAUCAGUGAGGCGACAGUGCCUAGGAAUGGCGAACUGGAGUAGCAAAAACUUUUCUUUAAAAAAAGAAAAAAAUUCCCUUAAGCACAUAUAUGGCCAUCCGCUUGUCUGGUGUCUCUGGUUGAUUUUCCCCACCCCAUGGCAUUGUCUGAGCACUUUGGUUUGGUUUUUUUUAAAUUUGUGAACCCAGAACCUUGUCAACCAAGCACAUAAAACAUCUCCACAAUGUGAAAUGUAAAUAGCAUGUUGGACUCUUCUGCGUCCGGUGUUCAAGACUGCAUUGUAAUCGUUUUUUUAAAAAGGAAACAAAAAAAGAGGAAAUUGAAUCAAGAUUGGCUGUGAACUUAUUUUUUUAUUUUUGUGCUGUCUUGGAAAUAUUACUGUAGUGUGUGUAUCCUGUCUGUAAUAUUAGCUGACUCCGUUUUUGAGUUCGCUUUUGCUGAUGGUUGAAAAGGGUUCAUAGAUGGCGUGCGUUCAUCUAUCCUGACUGGAGGAGUUAGAGGCUUCUCCGUUGUCCCCAAUGCCAGUUAAAAUAUCACUCGAAAGAUACUUCAGUUUAGUGGCUCAAGUGAAGCCAGCUUAGAAGUGAUAGCGGCAGUACAGUUUAGGUUGAAUAUGACCUACUUGUAUAGGGAGAGUUUGAAAUUAAUUAACCAUGGGAGAAAUUUGAGAGUGGGGAAGGUUUAAGGGUAAUAUUUCCAAGUCACGUAUAUUAGGAGCUGCUACUCAGCACAGACCGCCCUAGAUAUUCAGGCCUGUGCAACAUGUUGCCCGUGACAACACAAAAACGGCGGCAUUUGAUGUGCCUGCUGGGUCCCAGUCAAUGUUCCCCUCUAACAGGGAUUCCCAGAUGUUGUUGACUACAACUCCCAGAAUCCCCAAGCAAAAGCCAUUGCAGCUGGAGAUUCUGGGAGCUGUAGUCAACAACAUCUGGGGACCCCUGUUAGAGGGAACACUGGUCCCAGUAUGGUAGGCUGUGCUUGGCUUGGGAUAUGAAGUUGGGCAUGCCUUAAGAGCACUAGGGUGCAAUCAUGGAUGCACAGCCCUAUCAUGCUUCUCUCCCUUCUCCCGUGAUGGACAUAUGUGUGGUCCUACCCUGUGUAUAUCAAGCAAAAGGGAAGAACACUUCCUGCUUCUUGGAGUGGUCGAUGCAAAAAUGGCGGACUGAGCCAAGAACAGAAAGAACUAGAAAGUCGUGUCUGAUCUAGUGGCUGCCCAUGUAGAUAGAGCCUGGUCAACAGCAGUUGACUACUGACCCAGUCCAAAGCAGCAAGGGAGUCUGUCUUUUGGUGCCGGCUGGUCUGGUCUGGUUGGUGCCAUCUCGGGGGAACGAAUGCUCACUGUGAUUUUUGACAAGGUCGACCCCCCUAGAGAUGGAAAAUUGGUGAUCGCAUUUCAGGACAUCUUGCUUUUGGUGUGUUCUCGUGCUUUGAUUGUCCCGACUGUCAGGCAGAUUUGCAAGGGUGUGUUAAAAGCUUUGAAAGGUUUUAAGAACUGGGGAAAGUACCACAAAGUUUUGCUGGUCGGUGACCGUAAUAAAGAUUGAAUUGAGUUGAACCCCACGAAAUUUUAUUCAGUGUGGUCAGAGGAAUAGCAACGACAAUUGGCAGGAAUGUCCUCCAGUGUAGGGAUGUGCAUGGACCACGGUUUGAACUGCAGCACUUUGAGGGAAAUGGAGCUUUAAGGAAACUGAGAGUCUCCGCCUCACCCUAAAGCUUCCUACAGCACUUCCAUGCAGUGCAUCCCAGCAACCCCCCUGUGGCACGCCAUGACAGCAACCCUAUGCUUAAAGUUCUCUGUCCAAUUUCUCCAAGAGUGUCCGAACCGCGGUUCGAACCGCAAUUCAUGCGCAUCUCUAAUCCAAAGAUCAUUCCAUGGAGAGAGUACGGCAGUUUGUCCCUUACCAUAACCCUUUGCUCUGUGACUGCAAUGGCUGCAAUUUUACCCUAACCUUUUGGGGGUAGGUCUAAAGGAGUGCAGACCCGGAGAAAGCUGUGAGUGUAACCAUGCUUUCCCUUGCUUUCCAUCUCAAGGGGGUUCGACGUUGCCAAACGCACUGUUGGCAUGCAUCCCCUGGGAUGAUGCCGAUAGCCCGGAUUUGUGGCCCUGGUCCACGGACGACUUGGUGUGCAAUGCAGAUUCCUUUUCUUGGCACACAAGGGCGCCACGCACUGGACCAUUUCACACAACCGCAUGCAUCACAGCCAUGGUGGACAGUUGGGUUGUGUGAAAUAUUUCUCCACGGUAUGGUUUUAUGCAGUACCCAUUUUCGGAGGCCAACUUCUCACGCCAUGCAGUCAUUCAAAACGUGCUAUAAAUUAAAAAAAAAUUUUUUUUUAAGGCUGCAGAGAUGCAAUGCAUUCUGUUAGAACUGCUUUAUUUUCUUCCUCGGCCCUUUAUGUUCCAGGUGAGCAUCCUUAAGUGUCUCUUGGUCACAGGAUUUUCACUCCCCGAUCCCUUCCUAGAACUCCCAUCUCAUUGGCUGUGUGUGCCGGCCGAGAUCCAAAGACCCACUGCUUCUGUGGACAUGGGCUUCUUCAGGAGCAGUCUUCUCCCCGGGCCGCUGUUCAAAGGGUGGGGAGAGAGGAGAACCUCCAGGGCAUGCACACGUAAUGCUUUGGAUCCAGGCGUUGUGUUAGGCAUGCUAACUGCAAGGUGCCCAAGUUUGACCCCUGGAGCACGAGUUGCUCAAACCAGAAUCUCAUCUUAAAAUACUGGGGUAUUGUGUCUUCAGCCCCCAUAACUCAGGGGUUCUCAAAUGCAGCUGCCGAGGUCUUGGACUACAACUCCCAUCACUCCCUGUAUUGUGGCAGGGGGUGAUGGGAGUUGUAGUCCAACACCUGGUCACCCACGAUUGGGAACCCCUGCCGCAACAAUCCAUAAAGAAGGGAUUAAUAAAUAAAGGAGGCAGGGGUGAGCUCGGACAUUAGACAGGUGAUGUCUAAUGUGAUAGGAGUGGGAGAGUUGCGGGAGCACAGAUGCAGGAUUUUGUAUUUGACUUCUCCUUUGCCGCAUGAACCACGGAGGGAGGGCAGGGGGGUUUGCAUGGCCGUGCUGUUCUCUGCAAACUGGGAGACUCCCCUCCCCUGCCUGUGUGCCGUUUUUUGCUUUGCCAUCCUGCACAGGAAGAUGCCGGCUUUGUUCUCUAAUUUAUUUAUUUAUAACUCUGACAUGGCACCCUUCCAUCCGGGCCGCGUUUGGGCCAAACCGAAAUCUUCAGGCCACUUUCACACGACCGCAACGUAGGCCACUGUAAGGAGCGCAGAGAUGUGUCCUCUUUUGGCAAAACGAGGGUUCCUCUGCUCUCUGGUGAGGUCGUUCUUUGGUGCUCGCCAUCCUCAACACCACGGCCCUCCUCUCUAUGCAAUGCCGGUUCUCCUAAAUCUCAUCCGGAAUCUCUUGUCUGCAAGGGCUCCAUCUCUUGACGUGGCAGGCCAGGAUUCCCCGAACUUUUGUUUUGACAAGCCUUCGGUGCCAGGAGUUGCAGCCAAGGUCUGCCAACUCUUUGACAAGCCACUAUAUAUGUCACUGGUGAAUCUGAUUAUCCCCAUGCUGUGGAAAGUUUCACCUGCUGAUUUCUGCAUAUCAGUCUGCAGAAAUGAGUGAGAGGCACAAGAGCAAGUCAGGCUGGGUUUCUUUUCUGGUCAGCUGGCAAGCCGACUUGCCCAGAUCCCUUUUUCAUAAGAGUAAACCUUGGGAAUGGGUCCAUAGCUCGAUGUUAGAGCAUCUGCUUUGCUUGCAGAAGGUCCCAGGUUCACUCCCUGGCAGCAUCUCCAGGUAGGGCUGGGAGCGACUCCUGCCUGGAACCUUAGAGAGCCGCUGCCAGUCAGUGUAGGGCAAUACCAAGCAAGAUGGACCCAUGAUCUGGCUCAGUAAGGCAGUUUCCUUACUCUGGAAGUUCCCUGUGGAUUUAAUUCUCCUGACAUUUUCCUAUGUGCACAAAAACCUACCAAGGACGAUUUAACUGCCCUUUUAAUUCUGGGUUUGUUUUAAAUCACAAUGGUUCUAUAUCAUACCACUUUAAAAAAAAAAAAAAAGCCUUUGGAUGUAACUUGUUCAUUUCUGAGGUGUUCUGCACUUACCCAAAAUGUUCUUAAAAUUGUGGGGAUUUAAAUCGAGGAGUGAGCCCAAUUUAUUUUUUAUUUUUUGUAUCCUUCCCUUUACUUGGUUAGUUCUAUUAAUUGUACGGUAGCUAUUUUUAACUGGUUUAUUUUUUCCCCCUUUUGUUCUGCAAAUAUUAAAAAGAAGAAAAUUCUAAAUGUAAUUUCUGUGGUUUCUAUUCAGCUUGGGUUUAAUGUUUUAAAAUAAACAACUUCAAAAAAGGCA